AUGUACACAUCGCUCAAAGCCAUAUCCCGCGCUACAGUCCUGCAUCUCAGUCUAAAUCCUCUUCUCUCAAUCGGAGUCCGCGCCUCAACCGCAGCCGCAAUAUCACCAAACCUCCGCUCAUACUCAGCAUUAUACCCCAUCUGCCCAUCCUACAACCUCUACCACCCUACGCAAAUCAUCUCAAUCCACAAUCGCAACCAAGAACAUCCCUUCUCUACAUCUGCGACCAUGUCCGCCGACUCUGCCUCCAACGAGAACCAGUCGCAACACCACCGCCAACCAGGAGAAGAGCAGGAACAGGAUCAAAACAAACCUAUCCUCGCGCUGCCCGAGGCUCCCUCGGCAGACUCACAAGCCACACAGCUCGACGUCAGUGGUGGCGGGUCGACUGUGAAGCUCGACGCUCUGGGUCCGCUGGUGGUCAACCAGGACGGAACGCUGUCGCGGAUCGCAAACUGGGAGCAGAUGACUGAGAUCGAGAGGCGGAAUACACUGCGUGUGCUCGGCAAGCGGAAUAAAUUGCGGUUAGAUACAUUGAAGGCGGCAGAGGGUGAGAAGGAUGAGAGCAAAUGA